GAGCGUACGGCCGAGCAACAGAGACCACCCGAACGAGAGUUCGGCCCGCCCCCCGACCCAACGAAACCCCUAGGCGACGGCGGGAGUUCGACGGCGGCGGCGGCGUCGGCGGCGGCGGAGGAGGCUGCGACCGGAUUAGCCGGUCGGUGACGCUCCAUGAUUUGGCGCUACCGUGUGGAGCGGAGACAAUGAUAGCGCGGGCGUUUGGCCUUGUGGGCAAAGCAUGGAAGCGAACACCGGCCUCGACGCCGCCGCGCCGCCGCUCCGACUUACCGGCGCUGCUUCGUCGCCUCCACAGCAGGUCGGCACAACCGGAAAUAUUCCGCGAAGAACGGCCCCACCUACAAAAUAAUAGCGGAGGAGCUCCGCCAAGGCUGGACUUAAUCUCAGAACAAAACUGGAGCAAGCAGUGCUAUAAUGUCAACACUAUGACUUCAGCCGAUUCUGCCGUCGACUCUAUUAGGGAUACUGUUGAGGGGAGUUUUGAUCAGAGGUUCGCAACACUAAAGAGCAUUGGGGAGGACCGUGUCAAAGACAGCGAGCUUGAGUUACUGCUAAAGAAGAAAUCUGCCCCCGUUUGCUAUGUUUGGUGUGAUCCCACCCCCUUUAUGCGCAUAUCCCAGGGGAUCAUAACGACUCUUUCUGUUAAUAAGAUGGUUAAAUCUGGUUACAAAGUUAAAAUCCUAAUGGCAGACUGGAUUGCCCAGAUGAACCGUAAUAUUGGUGGCAAUCUAAGUGAAAUGCGGACUAUUGGCUUGUACAAUAUUGAGAUGUGGAAAGCAGCUGGUAUGGCCCUUGAUAGGGUAGAGAUAGUGUGGUUGUCAGAUGAAAUAAGUCGGCUUGCUGAUGAAUAUUGGCCACUUGCCAUAGAUGUUGCAAGAAAAACCACUGUGAGUAUAAUAAAAAGGUGUUGUGGGAGAGAUCUAAUUGAAGAAUUCACUGCUGCUGAUAUAUUUUACCUUUCUUUUCAGUGUGCUACCAUAUUAUUUCAGAAGGUUGACAUAUGGCUCUUGGGCAUGGAUCAACAUGAGGCCAAUUUGUUAGCUAGAGAAUACUGCAAGCGUGUAAAAAGGCGGAACAAGCCAGUUGCAGUGUCACACAAAAAGCUUCCUAAUUUAUUACAAUAUCCUGAAGAAGAACAUAGGAGGAACCCAUUCCUAGCCAUCUUCAUGGAUGAUUCUACGGUUGAUAUCAGUAGAAAAAUAAAACAUGCUUUCUGCCCUCCAAAAUUAGCAGAAGGCAAUCCAUGUUUGGAGUACAUAAAAUAUAUCAUCUUACCAUGGUAUGGAAAGUUUGAGGUGGUUCGGGAGAAAGAGGAUGGUGGUAACAAGACGUUCCUGAGCAUGGAGGAGCUUACUGCUGAUUAUGUAAGUGGGGUUCUGCAUCCUGGUGACAUGAAGCUGGCUCUCGCAAAUUCAUUAAUCAAAAUAUUGCAGCCGGUCUAUGAUCACUUCAAAAGCAAUGCUGAAGCCAAAAAAGCACUGCAAGGCAUUGAGAAAUACUACAAGAUCUAAGGAUCUGAUGAUCAGAUGCCCAGACUUGGAUCGCGGAAUUUUUUGGCAGGAAUACAGAAUACUACAGGGUGGUUUGAUGAUCAGAUGUCCAUACUUCGGUCGCAGAGAAAUCCUAGACCUAAAGAUCAUUGGUCACCUUGAGCCAUGUACUAACACUUCCAGAAUCUCUCUUUUUUUAAAAGAAAAAAUCUGGGGUGCCAGUUUGCAACAUCUAAUAAUUUAUAAGAGCUUCAAAACUAAUGUCAUUGUUCCAACGCUGUGCCAUGUAAUAUUGCAUUUGAAUCAGAAAAUUGUGUUCUUGCUAUCUUGCAAGUUCAAA